UGUACUUUAGAGGGAAUGACGCCUCUAUGCCGACACGCCCAACACUCCAGUAUUCUCAUCCUAACACACCUCUGCACCUGGUUGCUGGGAGGGAGGAACAUCAGACUAAAAACACCUAGAAGACAGGAGAGAACUGACAGCAAGAUGAGUGACUGUACGCAGCAAGGGGUGAGCUCUGACAGCUCAGCUGGAGGCCCGAGUGCAGUGAGACAGCCUGAUGAGGAUGUAAAAGGCGCACAGAAGAUGGUUGGGGACUCUGAUCUGAGCGACGACACUGGAAAGAAUGUAAGUGCUGAUGGAGCGCAAAAAGAAGCCACACACAACAAACAGAUGAUAAAAGAGGAAACAAAUGAGAAAAAUCCAAGCAAACUGACUACGAACCAAACAGACAGCAAUCCCGUAUUAGUAGAAAAAAAGGAGACAGCCAAGAAAGAAGCUAAACAGGCAGAAGGAGACGACAAAGUACUUCCUGAAGAAGGGAGAACUCGGAAAGAUACUUCUCCACAAAAAGACAAAGUGACAGCCGAGGGAACUGGAACACGUAAAGAGACAGCUAAGAAACAUAAAAAAACAUCUCAAGAAAGGAAAAAACAUCCAGAGACAUCUCACGAGCAAGCCAAGCAUAACGAGACAGCUCAGGAUCCGGAGACAGCUUACAAACAAGAGAAACACAAAAACACAAGCCAGGGGCUAAAUGAGCUCAAAGAGACAGAUGAAAAACUUCAAAAAGGGGUCUGUUUGGAAAAUAAAAAUCACAAAGAGACAGCUUGGGACAAAGAGGACAGUAAAAAUACAGCUUCUGAACAGGAGAAAACCACAGAGACCUCUCAGGGAAAAUGGAAACAAACAGAGACUCAGAAUCAGGAGAGACACUCGGUGAGCCUCCUUGACCAAGUGAAAGACAACAUGAGCCUUCAUUGGCAAGACAAGAAACAAGAGACAUCCCAGGAACACACACAACACAAAGCGACCUUCGAGAUCCAGGUGAGACACUCUGAGACCAUUCAGGAGCCAGCAAGGUACCCAGAAACCUCUGAGAAGCAGGUUAGACACUCAGAGACCCUAGCACAACACAUAGUGACCUCCGAGAAGCAAAUAAAACACUCAGAGACUCCUCAGGGGCUAGCACAACACAUAGUGACCCCCGAGAAGCAAAUAAAACAUUUAGAGACGCAGGAGCUAGCACAACACAUAGUGACCACCGAAAAGCAAAUAAAACACUCAGAGACUCCUCAGGGGCUAGCACAACACAUAGUGACCACCGAGAAGCAAAUAAAACAUUCAGAGACUCCUCAGGGGCUAGCACAACACAUAGUGACCACAGAGAAGCAAAAAAAACACUCAGAGACACCUCAGGAACAAACAUAUCACACAGAGAUACCUCAGGAGCAAGCACAACACAUAGUGACAUCUGAGAAGCAGGUGAAGCACUCAGAGACCCAUCAGGUGCAAUUACAAGACACAGAGACCUUUGGGAAGCCGGUGAGGCACUCAGAGACCCCUCAGGAGAAAGCACAACACAUAGUGACUUUGAAGAACCAGGUGAGAAACUCAGAGGCCUCUCGGGUGCAAGAACAAGAUACAGAAACCCUUGAAAAUCAAAUAAAACAGGCAGAUACCCUUCGUGAGCAAGCACAACACACAGAGACUUCUGAGAAGCAGCUGAAACACUCAAAGACUUCUCAGGAACAAGCAAAAUGCGCACUUACCUCUGAAAAGCAGGUAAAACAAUCAGAGACCCCUCAGAAGCAACAACAACAACACACAGAUACCAUUGGGAAACAAAUAAAACACUCAGAGACCCCUCAGGAACACAAACAACACACAGAGACCUCUGACAAGCAGGUUAAACACUUAGAGACCCCUCAAGGGCAGGCAAAACACAUAGUGACCUCUGAGGAGAGAGUACAACUCUCUGAGACCCCACAAGUGCAAGGAAAACAGAUAGUGACCUCUGAGAAGCAGGUGAAACAAUCUGAGACCCCUCAAGUGCAAGGAAAACAUAUAAUGACCUCAGGGGAGCAGGUACAACACUCUGAGACCCCUCAAGUGCAAGGAGAACACAUAGUAGCCUCUAAAGAGCAGGUACAACAUUCUGAGACCCCUCAAGUGCAAGAAAAACACAUAGUGACCUCUGAGAAGCAAGUAAAACACUCUGAGACCCCUCAAAUGCACGGAAAACACAUAGUGACCUCUGGAGAGCAGGUAAACCUCUCUGCAACCCCUCAAGUGCAAGGAGAAUGCAUAGUGGCCUCUAAAGAGAAGGUGCAACACUUUGAGAACCAUCAAGUACAAGCAAAACAUGUAGUGGCCUUUGAGGAGCAGGUACAGCACUCUGUGACCCCUCAAGUGCAAGGAAAGCACAUAGUGGCCUCUAAAGAGCAGGCACAACACUCAGAGACCCACCAGGAGCAAAAACAACACACAGAGACCUCUGGCAAGCAGGUGAAACACUCAGAGACCCCCCAAGAGCAGGCAAAACACAUAGUGACCUCGGAGGAGAAAGUACAACUCGUUGAGACCCCUCAAGUCCAAGGAAAACACAUAGGGGCCUCUGAGAAGCAGGUGAAACAAUCUGAGACCCCUCAAGUGCAAGGGAAACACAUAGUGACCUCAGGGGAGCAGGUACAACUCUCUGAGACCCCUCAAGUGCAAGGAAAGCACAUAGUAUCCUCUAAAGAGCAAGUAAAACACACUGAGACCCCUCAAGUGCAAGAUAAACACACAGUGACCUCUGAGAAGCAAGUGAAACACUCUGAGGCCCCUCAAGUGCAAGAAAAACACAUAGUGACCUCUGGGAGACAUGUAGAACUCUCUACGGCCCCUCAGGUACAAGGAAAACACAUAGUGGCCUCUAAAGAGCAGGUACAACAAUUUGAGAACCAUCAAGCACAAGGAAAACAUAUAGUGGCCUCUGAGGAGCAGGUCCAACACUCUAAGGCCCCUCAAGUGCAAGAAAAGACCAUAGUGGCCUCUGAGGAGCAGGUCCAACACUCAAGGACCCCUCAAGUGCAAGCACAACAAACAGAGACAGUUGAGAAGCAAGUAAAACACGGAGAGACCCCUCUGGAGCAAGCAUGUCUCACAGAGACAUCUGAGAUGGAGAUAAAAAAAUCUGCAACCCCUCAAGAGCAAACACUACACACUGAGACCUCUCAGAAGCAGGUGAGAGACUCUAACACCCCCCAAGAACCAGAAAAAAACAAAGAGACAUCUCAGAAGCAGUGGAGACAAUCAGAGACAUCUGAGGAGCAGAUUGACAAAGGCAUUGGAGAAAAAGGUGAUCACAAGCAGACCUUGGAGAAGAAACAAAUUGACAUUGAUCAUGCAAAGGCAAUUCUUGAACUACAGAAACUAGUUAAACCACCAAAAUUCAAAGAACUGGGGCCUACAGUCCAAGAACAACAGAUGGAGAACCAGGCCUGUCAGUAUGCCAUGGAUCAUGCGCCAGUCGCGAAGGAACCUGAUACAGAUGAAGGCUGGCUGGAGCUCUGUAUUAUGGAAUGGGGUCUUAAGGAGAAGGCAGUGGUCAUCCCCGACAACGUCAGCUGGAGAGAUGCCUACAAGAAGAAACCCUUUGGAAGGAACUUUUUGAGAAGCCCAAAUCCAGAAGGUUUAUCCACCAGCCAGCCUCCUCCACAAGAAGAAUUUGAUCCACCUCCUGAGAAGAAGCCCCUGGAGACAUUAGGAGAUUUUACUGGCUGGCAAAUAAGUACAGAGGAGAUUCCCGUCGACAGGAGCAAUAUUCCACCUGGGGUGGUCGUGUGUUAUCUGCCUAUCUACAGUUGGUGUGUGAAGGAGCAGAUGGUGGACCUGCUGUCUGAAGGUCUCUGGCCUGAAUUGCUGGACUCCUACCAACCUGAUAUCUACGUCUUGGAGUGGUAUGAAGAUAGUAAGCUCCACAAACAUGUGUAUGAACUGCAUGUCAAGUUGCUAGCAGAGGACAAGACGACAGUGAUUUCUCAUCUGGACCUGACUCCAGAAAACAACAUGAACGGGCAGCCUGAGGGCUGGAACACGGUUUCUCAUAUAUUUAAGUCCUAUGGACCUGGCGUUCGGUAUAUUCAUUUCUUACACAAGAGUAAGGACCUGUCAGUGCUUGGAUUUCACCGCACGCGGGUAGCUGACAGCACUUUAUUUGUCCAACUAAAAGACUGAAGCGAGACCGGAGAAG